ACAGUAUAUAUCUCUAGAAUUGGUUGAGACGACAUAAAUAGAUAGAAAUUUAAAGUUUACAAUUUGUGACUCAAUUUGGGUGAGGAAGACACUAACACAAGCCACUCGUGACUUGUCGCUUUUCUUUAUUUUUUUCCUUCUUGAAAUUCCAUUUUCGUCUCCGUCAUCUUCACGGCACAGAAAUAUACACAAAACCAAAAGCUUACUCAAUCUUUUGUUUCUCUCUCUUUCACAUGCCUUUGUUCUUACUCUUCCUCAAGACUCAAGUCUCGUCCUUUUCUCUAGGCCCUCUCACUCAGACUCAUCACACUCUCUCUCGGUGCAGAUAACGAACUUACACAACUCCGAAGCUCCUCCCUCCACAUCUCUCCGGUUAGUAGAUUUCACAAUUCAAUCAUGCAAUGCUCCACUUAGUUUCUACAUUGCUUCAAUGAUCUCUUUCCAUUACUCCCCAUAAAUCCUUUUCCAAUGAUUUGAAUCACGGGUUUGAAAGUUUAGCGGCGCAACUAUAUAUUUGAAUUAAAUGAAAGUUUCUUGUAAAGUUCUUAACGUUUUUGUACGUUUUCCAUCUUCUUCAGAUUUGUCGUUGGGUUCAUGUGUGUCAGUAUGUAUAAUUAAUUACUUAAAUUAGUCAACUACUAUGGAAUCUAGGUAGCUCCGACUUAUUUAUUUAUGUUUUGGUUUUCCAGAUCUGUUUUGGAGAACUGUGUAACAUCAUUAAGUUUGGCAGAGAAAAAUAAGUUGGUGUCAGUCCAUCUCUGAUCUUCUCUAACGGCUUUGGUUGGUUCUAUGGCGGAGAAACAACUUAACUUCGAUGCACCUCUUCUUUCAACAAGGAGGAUGAAAAAAUCUGCAAUCUCUGUACGCAGAAACAUGCCAAAGCAGCUCACUGAUGAGUCCAAGACAAGUGAAUCUCUUUCUGUUUCAGUUCUUGUCCAAGACAUGGGUUUAGAUCAGGUUCCGGAUUCUCCCUUGGAGAGUAAACAUGUAGAAGAAGAAGCAGAAGAGAGUGAAGAUGAUGAUGUUUUCUCUGAUGCCCUUGAUACAUUGUCUCUAAAGCAAAGCAUAAGUGGUGGUGGUGGUGUUGAGGCAAUGAAACCGUCAAUGCCAUCUGAGGAUCCUCAAUUCAUGUUGGAUCGUUUCUUACCUGCUGCGAAAUCCUUGACUCUGGAGCAACCACCUCAAUAUUCUUGGAAGCGACAGCCAUUGCCCCUCAUGUCAGAACCAAUGAGACAGAUUAGAGAUAUAGUACCAGCAGAGAAUCGUGCAACUCCUACAAGGUAUGAGUCUAGUUUUACUCCAUCUUAUUAUCAGGACAUAGAUGACGAAGAAAGCGAGGAGGAUUCAGAUGACGAUGAAGUUUCUGAGUAUCUUUCUAAGAGAGGCUGUGGUAUGAUGUCUCCACAAAUCUGCUUUAAAAACUCACUCGGUAUGCUGAGCUCAGUGAAUGGUCUUAAAGAGAAACCUUACUCUCUGAGAACCCCAAGCCAUGAUCAAGUGAAGUCAAGCAAGGUCGCUCAGCUCAAAUCUCGGUUCCAAUCUGUGAAAAAGCUCGCUCUUGAUUAUAAGCAAAAGUUGGGAAGUAUAGCUCAGUCUCCAGUACACCCAAGUGUUGGGAAGAAGUUUAACUUUGGUUCUGAACAACAUGAAUCGAAGAGUUCUGCAAGUAGGCCAUCAUCUCCUUACAGACAAAAUGGCUGUAUGUCACCGUAUCGCAGUGUAGGAAACAGUUCUCCUCUUCACGCUGCGGGUUUCCCUGGGACUCGUAAGGAAGCAGAGGUUAUGAGAGCUAACAGGUUGAACAAGCAUAUCAGAAACAUAAGCAAGUCUCACGAAUCACUCUAUCCAAAAAGUACAAAACAAGACUGUUCAACGAGCUCUGCCAUGGAGAAGACAUUAUAUGUUGACUCAGAGAAUUCUCCAAGGACCAGCAAUGAGAAUCGUAGCUCUAAUGUCAAGAAAUUGCCAGAAACAAUUUCAGAGGAACCUGAAAUGGAGGGAAAGAAACCGAAAGCCGUUCGCGAGCUUAAGGCUGUAGAAACUCUUAGUAUUAGCAGUGGAGUCAAGAUGAUGAAGGCAGAUGAGUUGGGAAAGAACAACAGUGGCUGUGAUCUAUCUCCACUUGCUCCGCCGCCACCCAAAAAGCCUUCCGAGUCUUGGCUUUUCAGUAAUCUGCCGUCAGUAAGCUCAAAGAUCCCUUCACCGAGAUACCUGUUUCAUCCCCAAAAAAAGAAUGUUGAAGAAAACUCCACAAGUGUUACCAAGUGGGAAACUAUAGUCAAGACUUCUUAUACGCACAGAGAUCAUAUACGCUAUUCUGAAGAACUCGUUGCUCAUUCAUCUUGCCAAUCAAAAACUUAGUGGUUUGAAGCUCCCUUGGGAUGGAUCAUCACGUUGAAUUACAAUUUCAUCGACGUAAGAAAACCGCAGUUUCUUUUGUGACCCUUAGAACACUUAACACGUAAUCCCUCAGAUUGAUUUACAUGUGUAGUUAUACUUUCAUAUCUGUGUGUUGCCUACUUAACUAAUAAGAAGAACAAUUGUUCCCAGUAAAUGCUAUGUUCAUAUUUCUAUCUAUACCCAAUUCAAACCCAAUUAACUGUUGGAAGUUUUUUCAAGCUAACUGUUUCCAUUCAG